AUGGCAGUUGAGAAGUCCUUUAUAGCAAAAGACGUUACUGAAUUGAUUGGUAACACCCCAUUGGUGUACCUCAACAAUGUUGUGGAUGGUUGUGUUGCACGUAUUGCUGCCAAACUAGAGUCCAUGGAGCCCUGCUCUAGUGUGAAAGACAGGAUUGGUUAUAGUAUGAUUGCGGAUGCAGAGGCUAAGGGCCUAAUCACACCUGGAAAGAGCGUCCUCGUUGAGCCAACAAGUGGUAACACUGGGGUGGGAUUAGCCUUCAUGGCAGCGGCCAAGGGCUACAGGCUUAUAAUCGCGAUGCCUGCGUCGAUGAGUCACGAGAGAAGAAUCAUUCACCGCGCUUUCGGAGCUGAGUUGGUCCUCACCGACCCCGCAAAGGGCAUGAGAGGAGCCGUUCAGAAGGCCGAAGAGUUGUUUGCUAGGACCCCCAAUGCCUACAUGCUUCAGCAGUUUGAAAAUCCUGCCAACCCCAAGGUACAUUAUGAAACCACAGGACCAGAGAUAUGGAAGGGAUCAGGAGGGAAAGUAGAUGCUCUAGUUGCUGGAAUUGGUACAGGUGGUACUAUAACAGGUGCAGGGAAGUUCCUUAAAGAGAUGAAUCCAAACAUUAAGCUUUAUGGUGUGGAACCAAGUGAAAGUCCUGUUCUUUCUGGAGGCAAGCCUGGUCCACACAAGAUCCAAGGAAUAGGGACUGGAUUUGUCCCUGGUGUUUUGGAACAAGAUAUCCUUGAUGAAAUAGUUCAAGUGUCAAGUGAGGAAGCGAUUGAAACUGCAAAGAAAAUUGCACUGAAAGAAGGUUUACUUGUAACUAAUGUUCUAUCUAAUGUGCUGCAGGUAGGGAUUUCUUCAGGAGCCACUGCUACUGCUGCACUUAAGAUAGCAAAAAGACCAGAAAAUGCUGGGAAGCUCAUUGUUGUGAUUUUUGCAAGCUUUGGGGAAAGAUACCUGUCCUCUGUCCUGUUUGAUUCAGUUAAAAAGGAAGCUGAAAACAUGACUUUCGAGCCCUGAGCUUUUCCUUGGUUUUCA